CCCUCCUCUCUGCGCUGAGUCGAAGAGGAGGAACCUACGGAAGUAAAAGCGUUGUUUUUGGGAGCGGUGGUCCCACCGGCUGGGGAGAGGUCGCUUUUUUCCCCCCUUCUCCUGGGCAAAGUUAAGCGGGCAGGAAACAACAUGGGCAGGACGGUGACCGUGGCUACGUGCGCCUUGAAUCAGUGGGCGCUGGAUUUUGAUGGCAAUCUGGAAAGGAUUUUCAAAAGUAUUGAAAUUGCUAAAGAAAAAGGAGCAAGAUAUCGGCUCGGCCCAGAACUUGAAAUUUGUGGUUAUGGCUGUUCAGAUCAUUAUUAUGAAUCUGACAUACUAUUACAUUCAUUUCAAGUUUUGGCUAAGCUUUUGGAAUCUCCUGGUACUCAGGACAUAAUAUGCGACAUUGGGAUGCCUAUUAUGCACCGGAAUGUUCGUUACAACUGUAGAGUAAUUUUUCUAAACAAAAAAAUUCUUCUGAUACGGCCGAAGAUAGCAUUGGCAAAUUCAGGAAACUAUCGAGAAAUGAGGUGGUUCACUCCUUGGAAUAGAUUACGGCAUGUAGAAGAAUAUUUUCUUCCAAGAAUGAUUCAAGAGAUUACAUCUCAGGAAAGCGUUCCAUUUGGUGAUGCAGUACUAGCAACUUUGGAUACUUGCAUAGGGACUGAAAUCUGUGAAGAAUUAUGGAUACCAACCAGCCCUCACAUUGAAAUGGGAAUUGAUGGUGUGGAAAUCUUCACAAAUUCCUCUGCAAGUCACCACGUGUUAAGAAAAGCACACACUCGAGUGGAGUUGGUAAAUUCUGCAACAACAAAGAAUGGAGGAAUCUACGUCUUGGCAAACCAGAAAGGCUGUGAUGGUGAUCGCUUGUAUUAUGAUGGAUGUGCCAUGAUAUCUAUGAAUGGUGCUACAGUUGCUCAAGGACGUCAAUUUUCACUGGAUGACAUAGAAGUUCUCGUUGCCACUUUGGAUUUAGAAGACGUCAGAAGUUAUAGAGCAGAAAUAUCGUCCCGAAACUUAGCAGCAAGCAAAGUGUCUCCUUACCCUAGAAUAAAAGUAAACUUUGCAUUGUCAAACUCCGAUGAUAUAUGCACACCAACAAGUGAACCUAUCCAAUGGAAGUAUCAUAGUCCUGAGGAAGAGAUCAGCCUAGGUCCAGCAUGUUGGCUUUGGGACUACUUAAGGUGUAGUAAACAGGGAGGAUUUUUCUUGCCACUUAGUGGUGGUGUGGACAGUUCAUCUGCAGCCUGCAUUGUCUAUUCCAUGUGUCUUCAGAUUUGUUAUGCAGUAAAAAAUGGAAAUCAGACAGUUUUGGAUGAUGUACGCAGAAUUGUAAAUGAUGAAAUGUAUAUACCAAAGGAAGCCCAGGAGCUGUGUGGCCGUCUUUUAACAACUUGCUACAUGGCUAGUGAGAAUUCUUCUCAGGAUACUUAUGACAGAGCCAAGUCUUUGGCUGAAGAAAUAGGCAGCUAUCAUAUCAACGUAAAUAUAGAUGGUGCAGUAAAAGCCAUUUUGGGGAUUUUCAGUACAGUGAUGGGACGAUCUCCUCAGUAUCAAGUGCAUGGAGGAAGCACAAGAGAAAAUCUGGCUCUACAGAAUCUGCAGGCCAGAAUAAGAAUGGUAAUCGGCUAUCUAUUUGCCCAGCUGUGCCUGUGGACUCGUGGAAUGCCUGGUGGAUUGUUAGUGCUUGGAACAGCUAAUGUGGAUGAAAGUCUUCGAGGAUAUUUCACAAAAUAUGACUGUUCCAGUGGUGACAUCAACCCUAUUGGUGGAAUUAGCAAAACAGAUUUGAAAUGUUUUAUGCAAUAUUGCAUUGAGAAUUUUCAGCUAAAAUCCCUCAGAAGUAUUAUAUCAGCACCCCCAACAGCAGAGUUGGAGCCCCUGCAGAAAGGAAAUGUUACUCAAAUGGAUGAGGUAGAUAUGGGCAUGACGUAUGCUGAACUCUCCGUCUAUGGUAAACUAAGGAAGAUAGCUAAGGCCGGACCUUAUACCAUGUUCUGCAAAGUGGUCACAAUGUGGAAAGAGAUAUGUUCUCCAAGAGAGGUGGCAUCAAAAGUUAAGCAUUUCUUUCAAAUGUAUUCAAUCAACCGACAUAAAAUGACUACCCUUACUCCCUCCUAUCAUGCCGCCAACUACAGUCCUGAUGAUAAUCGCUUUGAUCUGAGACCUUUCCUUUACAAUUCUGCUUGGUCCUGGCAGUUCAGGUGUAUAGAUGAACAGGGUUGAGUCGGAGCCUGUUCCUCCCCAUCCAGAGCCGCACCGCCUCCAGACAUCGGGACAUCACGUCGAGGGCAUCACUGGGCUAUGUUUUGCUAUGUUGUCCUGACUCUAGGGGGUGGUGUUCAUCUCUGUUUCAAAGCCGAAGAGCCAGCGCUGUCCAAAGAUGUCUCCGUGGUCAUGUGGCUGGCAUGACUAAACGCCAAAGACGCAUGGAAUGCUGUUACCUUCCCAUCAAAGGUGGUCCCUAUUUUUCUACUUGCAUUUUUUACUGCUUUCGAACUGUUGGCUGUUGGCAGAAGCUGGGACAAGUAACGGGAGCUCACCCUGUUACACGGCACUAGGGAUUCGAACUGCUGAACUGCCAACCUUUCGAUCGACAAGCUCAGCAUCUUAGCCACUGAGCCACCAUGUCCCUUCAGACAUUAAUACUGUGUAGUAUUAUAAAUAAUUGGAUGUGGAGGCUGGGUUAUAUUAAAAAAAGCACCCAUGUUAGGCUUUUAUCUUCAGCAGAGUGGAUGACAAAAGAUGGCAGAUGAAUUUUUUCUUGUUUGAGAAGAAGGGACUAAACUAGUAAUUCUGGUCUGCAUGUACUCAAACUCUUGUUCUCCUGUUCUUGGCAAAGAACCUUAUUCUUCCUAAUCUUCUCCUGUCUUCUUUAUUUUAUGGCUUUUAAUGUCAACUUAACCACGACUAAUGUAGUCAUGGAACAGCAUCUCAUUUUACUUCUAGCAUUACUAAGGCUGUGAGCCACAACUUCCCAGCUAGGACUUAGAGCACUCGCAGUUUUAGAUCUAUUUGUUCCUAUCAUAAGAGGCCACUCAUUUGUCCCCGCCUUCCCCAUUGCUCUUUUGGGAAAAGGAACAAUUAGACACACUAAUUUACGAGAUGUAUAGAAUUGCUUACUGAACUGCUUCUAUAGUCUACACAAGGGCGCUGAACAUAAAAGUCGAUGUCCCUCUAGCUGCACAUGCAAAGAUUUUCCUCUUUGCACACACAGUAAUCAUGCUGAACUGGUGACUUGUAGUAGGAAGCAGACAUAAUUUGAGUGAUGGUUGCAAGGAUAGAUACACGGAUUAUCUGGAGUGCUCACAUGGCAGGAACUCUGAAUAAAGAACACCUGGUCACAUGGUCAUGUGAUCAAAAUUCUGACCCUUGGCAACUGACUCCUAGUUAUGACAUUAGCAGUGUCCCCACGAUUAAACGGUCACAACUGAGAAGCAGAGUCAAUGGGGGAGCCAGGUUCACUUGACAGCCGUGUUAUUAACUUAAUAGCUGCCGUGAUUCACUUAACAACCAUGGAAAGAAAAGCCGUAAAAUGAACUACAGAAACACACAAUGGCCUGAUAUUAAGUCUGAAUCCCCUUGUUAAUUAUAUUGAUAAGUUAUUGUGAUAAUUAUUUAAUGAUGCAUACUUUUUUUUUCCGUUGGAAGCCCUGCCUUUAGAUUAACACCAAUUGUUAAAAGUUUCCUUCUCAUUUUUGUUAGGACUUAACUAUAUGUAGUAAGCAAAUGUGUGUUUAAGCGUUCCCAACAGGUUCUGCUGCUUGUCAAAGCAUAUUAGGAAAGGUGCAAUUUGGAACAGAGAAGAUUUAGCACUUGUUGAAAUUAGUUCAUUACAAUCCACUUUUGCUUAGAAAACAUAGCUGUACUGGUGGGAUUCUGAUAAAAAAUGUGCGUGUAAUAUAGCAUUUUAGUCAAAAGAUAAAUCUCUGCUUUCUAAU